UAUCUACCAAUUACAUGUUUAGCAAAUGAAUCGUCGAUCUGGUCGAUCGACGAAAAGUGUGAAGUGUCAUGUUUGACAUAUGGCAUAAUUUAUUGUGCAACGGUUUGAAUAAAGAAAAGAUGAAUUCUAUAAUGUUCCUAAAGAUAUAAUCGUGCAAUAAAUGUAAAGAUAUAUAUUCUUCAAGAUGAAGCUAGUAUCCAGAUAUGUAGAUAAGGAUGGAGAAGGGCGUGUAUCUCUUAUCCCUGAAAAUACAGAGGAUAUGUGGCAUGCCUAUAAUCUCAUUAGCGAAGGAGACUUUGUCAGCUGUUCUACUAUCAGGAAAGUGCAAACGGAAUCUGCAACUGGUAGCUCUAACAGCUAUAGAGUCAGAACAACUUUAACUAUAUGUGUAGAAAAUAUUGAUUUUGAUACGCAAGCGUGUGUUCUACGACUUAAAGGUAGAAAUGUAGAAGAAAAUAAAUAUGUUAAGACAGGAGCAUAUCACACUUUGGAUGUUGAACAAAAUCGAAAAUUUAGUAUCACUAAAACUAAAUGGGACUCUAUUUCUUUAGAAAGAGUCGACACUGCAUGUGACCCUACACAGAAUGCUGAUGUAGCUGCUGCAAUAAUGCAAGAAGGCAUAGCACAAAUUUGUUUGAUAACUUCCAAUAUGACAAUAGUCCGUGCAAAAAUUGAUCAAGUUAUACCACGGAAAAGGAAAGGAAACGUUUCACAACAUGAAAAGGGCUUGGCGCGAUUUUACGAAAGCAUUAUGCAAGCCAUAUUAAGACACAUCAAUUUCGAUGUGGUGAAAUGCAUUAUUCUUGCCAGUCCUGGUUUUGUAAAAGAUCAAUUUAUGGACUAUAUGAUACAACAAGCUGUUAAAUCUGAUAAUAAAAUUAUUCUAGAUAAUAAAAGUAAAUUUUUGCUAGUUCAUGCUAGUUCAGGUUUUAAGCAUUCAUUGAAAGAGGUUCUAGCUGAUCCUGCUGUAGUCUCUCGAAUUUCCGAUACCAAAGCAGCUGGUGAAGUGAGAGCUCUAGAGACAUUUUAUAAUACUCUGCAGACAGAUCCUGACAGAGCAUUUUAUGGCAAGAAGCACAUUGAAAGAGCUAGCGCUGCUCAAGCAGUGGAAACUCUACUUAUAUCAGACAAAUUAUUCAGGUGUCAAGACAUAGCAUUGAGAAAGGAGUAUGUUGAACUGGUUGAAAACGUGAAAGAUUCGGGCGGUGAUGUCAAAAUAUUUUCAAGUCUGCAUGUUUCGGGAGAACAAUUAGAUCAAUUAACUGGGAUAGCAGCUAUAUUACGAUUUCCUAUGCCGGAGCUGGAAGACGAAAGCGAGAAUGAUAGCGAUUCAGAAAAAGAUUAGAAUAUCGAUAUGCUAACAAUUUUGUAUAUAUUUGUGCAACGCGCAAUCAAAAAUAUCAUAUUGAUAGUAAAGUAAUCUUUGUAUUUAUUUUUCAAGCGUAAGAGUUUUGCAUUUUAUAGUUUAAAUCAUGAUUCACUUUAAAGCAAUGGUGUUAUUUUAUCAAAAAUAUGAUUUUGUUAAAUGUU